GGGAUGGUUUACUCAGCCAGAGUACAUUAAGAAGAAACUGGAGCAGGAAAUGAUCUUGUCACAAGCCUUUGGGAGAGACUUGGGUAAGGGAACCAUGCACUGCGGCCUGGUUAUAGUGGGACACUCCCUUGGUGCUGGUACUGCAGCCAUCCUUUCCUUCCUGCUCCGCCCCCUGUACCCCACACUGCAGUGCUACUCCUACUCUCCACCAGGUGGCCUUCUGAGUGAGGAUGCCAUGGGGUACUCCAAAGAGUUUGUCACCUCUGUCGUUUUGGGAAAGGACCUUGUCCCAAGGUAUGAUUUGGUCUCUCUCAGCUGGAUGGGGUUUGCGCGCCACCUGCUGGAAGUUUUACAGAAGAGCGACAAGCCAAAGUGGAGGAUCAUUGCAGGGGGCACUAAGUGCAUUCUACCCCAGGCCGACACCCGUGCCCCCAGCACCCGUCUCUGGCUGCACCCCAGUGAUCUCAGCAUCGCCCUGUCAGCCUCCACCCCCCUCUACCCCCCGGGCAAGGUCAUCCACGUGGUCCACAACCACCCCUUAGAGUCUGUGUGUAGCUGUGGACAGGAGGAGCCCACCUACUCAGCUCUCUGGGGGGAUAACAAGUCUUUCAACGAGGUUAUCAUCUCCCCUGCCAUGCUAAAUGAGCACAUGCCUCACAUGGUGAUGGAGGGACUCAACAAGGUGCUGGAGAACUAUAACAAAGGGAAGACGGCCCUGCUGUCGGCUGCUAAGGUAAUGGUGAGCCCAACCGAGGUGGACCUGAACCCAGAGACCAUCUUCAUGGCAGCCGCCCCCCCUCCUGCCUCCCAGCAGCCCACCCCAACCACCAAACACCGCAGGAACAGCAGCGUUCGUUCCUGUGCUCGCUCUGAGAUAUCACUGGAUGGCUUUGCGGAGUGCCCCCCUCCCCCAGUGCCAGUGGUUCUGCGGGGGGCCAGGGAGCGCCUUACUGUGGAGCUGAGGGACCGCCACGCCCCCCUGGCCGUGAUGGAGAGCCUGUCAGACGCUGAGUCCCUCUACAGCCUGGACUCCCGACGCUCCUCAGCUGCACUCAGGGGCUCGCCCAUGCUGGGGUGCCUCCCCUUCCAAAUGAAUGCACCCAUCCCUGAGGAGAACCCCUCUCUCAGCUCCCGCACUGAGCUGCUGGCUGCCGACUGCCUCUACCAGGCCACCCCAGAGCACGAGCUGGGAGAGGCAGGACCUUACUUCACUCCUCUGGGGUCCGGCUCCACCCCAGACUACCCCAUGCGCCUCUCCCCUUCCACUCCGCACUACAGCGGCUACCACUCCCCAGCACCACUGGCCCAGAGUGUUAUAGGUCAGCCUUUCACACAAAAAGAGCCUUGUGCCGCCCCAUGCCAUCAAAUGCCUGGCGUUUACAGCCCGGGCAGCACCCCUAAUGCUCCCCUCAGCCCACAGAUCAGCCAUGGGGAGGAGGAGGGAGUAGAGGGAGAAGGAUGGGAAACCGAGACAGGAGAGUCACAGCCCUCCUCCUCCACUCCUCCAGCCCAGCUGUCCAACGGCAACCCUAGUCAGGCAGUGCUGGAGUUUGCACAGUACCUGGACUCUCUCUUCAGGCUGGAUGGCAGUGGCUCACCGCCUCUGGAGUUGUCUGACGGGGAGUCUGAGUCCGGUCGGGGGUCGAUGGUCAGGAGAGGGUCCAGGGGAAGAACAGAGGGGGACGAAACACAGCUUCUGGCUCGGGCCACAAUGGAGCCUAACCUGGUCCCCAAGCCCCCCCGUACCUUUGCUGGAUCUGCUGACCCUUCCUCUGGCAUCUCCCUCUCACCCUCAUUCCCUCUUUCUUCCUCUGGUGAGCUCAAUGACCUCUCUCCCGCCGACGGAGCACCUCCUCCCACGCACUCACUACGAACCUCCACUCCCUGUCCCCACCCUGAAGAAAACUCACUGGCGUCUAUGGUAUAGUGGCCCACUCAGUCUCUCCAUGACUCUUUCUCUCUCCUCUUUCCUUAUUUUGUUGCUGCAUCUAUCUGAUAUUAAAGUAUCACUGAACAUGCAUGCGAUGGAAUGCAAUCUGCUAUGCUGUUACAGUACCUUACAAAGACAUGACAUGGCAGACCAUAAUGAAUAAGACUGAGAUUAAAAACUCUUGUUCCAUUUUCAGGUGUCAAAAGCUGUGUAUAGCAUUUUCACUACUAUUGUAAUAAUACAUUUGAAUCUCUGUCUGCAUGCCAGGGGCCUGUGCUGCUUUGGGGUGAAUAGCCUCACCACUGACUGUCAUUCCAACACACACUAUCUCACUCACAUCAACACAUGGUAGCAUUACAGCCAUGCAGUGACGUGACUUUAUCAAAUGGGAGACAACUGAACAGGGAUGAGGAGGAGUUAGACACUAGGUAGGGCUUGCAUUGGCACAUAACCACAAUUAACUUACCCUCCUCCCUUAUCAGCUCCUAAAGCUUAUUCAUCUUUAAUAUCAGGAAAGUAAAAAAAAAAGAGACAGAUGCUGAACAAUAGAGAGGAAAGAGAGAGAGAAGACGUUAUGGUUUGUUUCUCAGGUCUAUCAGGAAAUGACAGUGUGGAAGAGAAGGAGUGUAGAUCAUAGAGAAUUAAUGUGUCUUAAAACAGUGAUUGUGACAUGUUAAGAAUGUGGUUUUUGGUCUUUGGUUGUCUUUUAUAGCAUGAGAAAGGUAGUAUCCAUUUUUUUUUACAGAAAUCACUCGUCAGUCAGCAACUCUUACUAACAUGCCGACCAUCUAACACACAUCAAAAUGCACAAUUUGCCCCCUUUUUGCCAAAUAAUGUAUUGCCAAAUGUAUUUAUAAGAUGUGAUAUUGUUUCUGUUUGUGAAAUACUGCAAAAUGUACACUCACACAAAAAAAAGAUACAGGUUUCAAGUUUAACUCAGAGAGGAAGAAGAUACAUUUUGGUAUCGCUCCCUUUAAAAGCCAAUCAGUCUAUUCCCGUUCAAACUGUGUUAAAACGCCCUGAAGAGAAUGAGGAAGCUAUCCCUACAAUACUGCCAUGGCACAUAUCUCCCACAACAUGUCUCUCUCCAACUGUUUGUACCAAGCCAAUUAUGCUAUUAAAAAAACCAUGAUAUGCACUGUAGGAGAUCAUUCCUCUUAAAGGGGUCUUGCUGAGGUACACAAUUAUGUCAAUGACUUCUAAGUCUUUGUUUCCCUUUAAACUGGUUAAUCUCAAGCAUAUUGGGGUUGAACUGGAUGGGUUGUAGUGCCCACUUUCACUACAUUUUACUAAAAUAUGUGGCAAACAUAUUUUAAUAUCAGUUGGGUUGUAUUGGUUGGAUCAAACAUACUACAUUAUUUAUUACUGUUUCUUACUAUUAUUGCUAUUAUUGAUGGUAUUAUUAUCCUUAUUAUUACUCUUGUAACAGUUUGGUUUGCUUUCAAUGAGUUCGCUUUCAGUUGUUGGGAAAGUCUGAUUAAUUUCAGCCGACUCUCUCAAAAUAAGGGAAUAUCUCUGUGGGAAAAUAUCUCUGUCCAAGUGAAAAAGUAAUGGGUGUCAACAUCACAGGAGGUUGGUGGCACCUUAAUUGGGGAGGACGGGCUCGUGGUAAUGGUUGGAGCGGAAUUAGUGGA